CUUGGAGAUUGUUUUAACUAACCAAGUUAUUGUACUUAUUCAUUUAGUAAAGAAAUGGGUUGUUCGACAGGGGUAUUCUGUUGUAAAUGUCGUUACAUUAUCGCUACAAUGGGAUUUAUCAAUCUAAUUCUGAUUUACAUGAUGAGAGUUGAUUUAAAUGUUACAAUACUUGCCAUGGUCAAUGAUACGGUUGACAAGACAUCCACAAAUCAUUCGUCAUUUUAUUGUUCUAAUAUUUCUAAUCACACGUAUCUUAAGAAAACUGAGACUAGCACGGGGGAGUUCAAUUGGGAUAGGCUGACCCAAGGUUUGAUAUUGGGAGCAUUUUUCUGGGGCUAUAUUUUAACUCAAAUCCCAGGUGGAAUAUUAGCGUUUCGUUUUGGUCCUAAAUGGGUUAUUUUUUCUAGUUUAUUUGGAUGUGCUAUCACGGAAUUUUGUGUACCAACCGCAGCACGUAUUCGUGCUGAAUUAUUAAUCACUUUACGUGUGAUACAAGGUCUUCUUCAGGGUGUAGUGAUGCCGAAUACAGGGUGUUUAGUUGGAAAUUGGUCGCCACCAAGUGAAAAAAGUCGAUUUACUACAUUCGUUUUCUCAGGUUUAGUAUUUGGUGCUGUUAUUGGUCAAUCAUUGGCUGGUGUAAUUUCACAACCAAGAUUAAUUCAUUCGACAAAUUUAACAACUCCAAUGUAUAUUUCCUAUUGGCCUUAUGUUCAUUAUAUUUAUGGUGUUCUCGCUGUAGUAUUCUCUGGAAUUUGGGCUAUUUUAGUAUUUAAUAAUCCUAAUCAACAUCCAUGGAUAAGUUCAACUGAGAAACAAUAUCUUUUGUCAGCAUCAAUAAAUAAUUAUUCUGAAAAUGAUAAAAAGUCAGGAAAAAUGACAAGUAGUGUCGUGAAUUCAACAGAUUCAAGAAGUUUAGAUAAUAUUUCAGUUGAAACGAGAGUUUUACAUAAAAAUCCAGUUCCAUGGCGUCAAAUAUUUAAGUCAGCUCCUGUUUGGUCAAUUAUAAUUUGCCAUGUUUGUUUCAAUUGGUCUUUCUAUUCGUUAAUUACAUCUAUGCCUACUUAUAUGUGUCGUGUCCUAGGAUUCAGUAUGACCGAAAAUGGUCUCUUAUCAUCUAUUCCGUAUAUUGCACAAUCGGUUGUCGGUUUAUUUGCCGCCUAUCUGUCGGAUUUUGUAAUCGCUAAACGAUUUUUAUCUACCACGUCGGUACGUAAAUUAAAUAAUGUUAUAGCCUUGGGUGGCCUUGGUUUAAGUCUAAUAUGUGUCAGUUUAGUUGGAUGUAAUCGGAUGGCCGCUAUUGUUUUAUUCUCUGUUGCAAUUGGUUUAAUGGGAUUUUCUUUGGCUGGUUAUGGAUCGAAUGCUUUGGAUUUGGCCCCAAUUUACAAUGGCAAUAUAAUUUCAGUAACUAAUACUGCUGCUACUCUACCAGGUAUCUUUGGUCCACUAUUAAUCGGUUAUAUAACAAGAAAUAGUUCAAGCAUUCAAAAUUGGAUGAUUGUUUUCGGUAUAGCUGCAGGAAUAGCAUGGUUUGGUGCAUUAAUGAAUUUAUGGUUGACAAGCGGUGAAAUUCAACCAUGGGGUCGAUUAACUUACAUGAAAAAUACUAAUACUACUAAUUCAGUGACUACUGAUAAUGGUGCACCAAAAUUUCAAAAUAUUAUUACCAAUCAAAAUGAUAAUCAAUAAUAUCAACCCAUUCCAUACUAAAUAUUAUCCAUUAAAAACAUUCUCAACCAUAUUGUUUCUCUUCAAACUAUAUUCAAUUCUAAUUAUAUUUUGGAUGAUUAAUGUAAAAGAAUGAAAGAAUGAUUCUUGAAAGAAGAUGAAGAAGAACAAGAACAAGAAGAACAAGUAUGACCACGAUUAGUCUUCCUGUUUCCUCUUUUGUCUUUUCAAAACUAUUCACAAUUUUGUGGAAGAUUUAAUUAUUUGAAAUUUGGAGAGCCUUUUUUUUAAAAAAAUUUUCCUUUCUGUAAUUCUUUCUUUCUUUAUAAUAUUCUAAUGUCCUAGUUACAUGUACAUAAAAUCCCGUUACUUAGUUGUUAUUAUUCUUCUUCACUUAGUGACUAUUCAAAUAAUGAAAGAUUCUUAUUGAAUACAAUAAGUAUAACCAAUGAUGACAUGUUUGUUUACAUCCUUAUUUGUCUGACUGUUUUCUUGAGAUGAUGUGGAAGAUUUGUAGCUCAGGUGGAUGAUUUUGGUGGAGUUUUUUUCUUUUUAUUAUUUUUUAAAUCAUGAUUCAUUUGAAUCCAUUGAAGAGAAAUAAAAUAAUAAUAAUAAUAAUAAUCGUAAACACCUAUUUACAUUAGAACACUUAUUGUUUACAAACAGUUAUGUAUUUGUAUAUUGAGUAAUUAUUUUUUUAUAUUAAUAAAGUUGAUUUAUUCUUUUUCAGCUGAUUACAAUUUUGUUCCCUUUUUUAAAAUAUUUAGUUGUUUUUUUUAAUAUUCAUUUCAGUAGUAUGUUAUGAAUCUUGAAUUCCUCUAGUUUCCAUUCAUUCCUAUUGAUAUAUACUUGUGAUUAUCUACCAUGAAAUGGCUAUUUUUGAUUAAAGAAAAAAUUUCGUUUA